UUCGAAAAGGAAGGAUUGAGAUAACAAAAUAUGGUGGAGGAUUAGUUAUACCACCUGAAAUGCCAUCAAUAGAAUUUUUAGGACAAUUUGUACCAAUUGCUAAUAUAGAUUUUGAAUCAGAAUAUCCAAAUGCAAUAAUUAAUUCAAAUAUAUCAAAUGAUACUUGUGUAGAUAUUAAUUCAAAUGAUCUAAAUCUUAAUGUGAUAACUGAUAAUUUCAUAGUAUAUAGAAAAUAUAAACCUCAUUAUAGUGAGAAAAAAAAAAAGGGAAUUAUGUCUUUAAUGUAUGAAGAAUUAUUAACAGCACGUAAAGAUUCAAAAUUAAAAAUAAAAAUAUAUAAAAAUGAUGAACAAUUAUAUUCAUAUUAUGAAUCAAAAUCAAAUGCUCAAAAAGUAUUAGCAAAUUCAAUUUAUGGAGUAACUGGAUAUAUAUUUUCACCAUUUUACAAUAAACAAAUGGCAUUAUCUAUAACUGCUUCAGCUCAAGAAACAAUUAGAUUUUCUAAAAAACUUCAAGUACAUACUAAUGAAGUUUUAAAAAAAGAGACUGGAUAUUCAUAUAUGGCUGUAGCAUAUGAAAAAACUUUAAUGCCUGGAAUAUUUCCACAGAAGAAAAUGUAUUUUGAAAUCAAACAUAAAGAUAAAUUAGUAUUAGGAUUUAAAGAUCAAAAAGAAAUUUUAAUGAAUGAUGAUAAAAGUAUUGAACAAAUAAUAAGUAAAGUAGUCAAAAAAUAUAUUGAUGAAACAGAUUUAAAAUUGUUUAAACUAACAGAUAAAUACAAUUCUGAUUUUAAACGUACAUCUUUAACAGAUUUUACAAAUGGAAAAUUUCAACCUAUAAAGAAAGAUAAUAAAGCACAAAUAUAUGAAAAGAUGUGGCCAUGUUCUAAACUAAAAGAAAAACAUAAAAUAGAUUAUUUAUACUAUUUUAAAUCAUUACAAGAUAUAUGUGCACCAUUAUUGAAAAAAGAAAAAGAAGAAGCUGAACAAUUUCUAGAAGUAAUAUAUAACGAAAAUUUAAAAUAUUUAAUGCCUAAAUCUUUAAAUAUUUAUUAUUAUAUUGUUCUUAUUGGUCAUACUCCAGGUAUUUAUAAUACUUUGGAAGUAUGUAAAGAACAAGUGAACAAUUAUCCUUCUGCAUAUUUUAAAAAAUGUUUAACAUUUGAGAAAGCAAAACAAUUAUUUGAUAAUUAUCAGUUAAAAAUUAAAAGAAAAGAAGAAAAGUUAAAUUCUAAUGAUAAAAUAGUAAUUUAUACUGAUGGUUGUUAUAAAAAUAAUGAAAAAGGAUCUUUUGCAGGAAUUGGAGUUUAUUAUGAAGAUAGAAGUAAAGAAAUUACUAAACCUUUACCAGAAAAUUUACAAACAAAUAAUCAAGCAGAAUUAUAUGCAGUAAUUUGUGUAUUAGAAACUUAUAUUAAUGGUAAUGAAUAUGCUGAUAGAUUAGCAAAACAUGAUGCAGCAAUAAAAAUGAAUAAUAGUAAAAAAUUAUUACCUUAUAAUAGUUUUAUGAAAACAAAUUUACCUAUUAUUAAACAAAAUAAUCCAGAUCUUGAUUAUAAAACUGCAUUUAAAUUAGUAGCAUCAAUGUGA